AUGGUAAAAACAGCGCCGAAAAGCAGUUAUGGUAAUGGCGGGCCGACAUCGAUGAUGAGUCUCGAAGAAACAGGACAGUGCACCAGCUGUGUCCAAUUACAGUGCCCACCGGGAUCACCGGGUCCACCAGGAGUGGACGGUGAACCUGGAGCGAAUGGUGAACCUGGUCGACCAGGAAAGCCCGGUCUGGACGGACUCGAUAUACCUCUUGAUCCAGAGCCAAGCUCUCCUUGUGUGAUUUGUCCAGCAGGGCCACCAGGCAAUCGUGGGCCACAAGGAGAACCUGGACGAUCAGGAGUACCCGGUGAACCAGGUCGACCUGGCUUGCCUGGAAGGCCCGGUAAAGCUGGUAGAGUAGGUGAUCCUGGGCCACCGGGAACACCCGGCGAGCCCGGUGAGCCGGGCAUCAAGGGUCCACCCGGAGACGAUGCAAUUGGUGGAACAGGUAUCAAAGGCCCUCCUGGUCCACCGGGUCCUCGUGGACCCAAAGGGGCUCCUGGUCCAAACGGAAUACCGUCAAGCAAUUAUGGCCCUCAAGGACCACCGGGAGAAAUGGGGCCUCCUGGGCCACCAGGCAAACGAGGUGAGUCCGGACCACACGGGCCAAUUGGACCACCCGGAGAACCAGGCGAAGCCGGUGGUCAUUGCCACACCUCGUGCGGUAUCCAGGAAAUCGUUGCUCCGUCAGUUGUCGAACUUGAUACCGGCGGUGGCCAAUACAAGUGA